AUGACGGAUUACGCCAACCUCCCCACCCCACCUAGCUGCGUGGCAGAUUUCUGUCUCAUUCCAAUUGGGACCCCGGGACCGUCAGUCUCUAAUGAAGUUGCUGCUGUUCAGCGCCUUAUGAAGGCCAGCGGACUGAGCUACUCGAUGCAUAGUGCUGGCACGACUGUUGAAGGAUCGUGGGACCUUGUUAUGAGAUUGAUCGGCCAAGCGCACACACUCGUCCAUCAAAAUGGCGUCCUGCGAAUCCAAACAGACCUCCGCAUUGGAACAAGGACCGACAAGAAGCAGCAUUUCUCGGAGAAGGUGUCAAAAGUUGAGAGUAUCCUUGCAGCUGAUGGCCCGACAGCGCAGAAAUCCUCAUAA